AUGAACUUGCUACCAAAGAAAGGCAAGAGCAACCCACAAAGCAAGUUAGAAAACGAGUUGUGUUUAGAAAGAAACCAAAACCUCAAGUGGAAGAGGAUUCAGACAGCAGUGUGUCUUUUACAAGCAGAUCAAGUACCUCCAAUGAUGAUCAUUUCUGUCUUGAUAGAGACCUCCCUUGGCGAUCUUGUGAUUGACCUUUAUACAGACGAGUGUCCCAAGACAACACUCAAUUUCCUAAAAUUGUGCAAGAUCAAAUACUACAACUUUGCACCUUUCUUUAAUGUACAAAAGGAUUUCAUGGCACAAACAGGUGAUCCCACUGGUAAGGGUGAUCAAGGCGAAUCUAUCUAUGGUAUUCUUCAUGGCCCUUCACAACGCUAUUUUCCUGCAGAAAUUAAUCCCAAACUCAAACAUACAAAGCGUGGCAUGGUGUCGAUGGCAGUGGCACAAGAUGCUUCUAUUGAAAGUGGUGGCGUGAGUGGAAGUCAGUUUUUUAUUACAUUAGGUGACGAUCUUGAUUAUCUCGAUGGCAAAUACACCUUGUUUGGUGAAAUAGCAGAAGGAUUUGAUGUGCUUGAUAAAAUCAAUGACGCGUAUUGCGAUGACAAGGGCAGACCAUUUCGCGACAUUCGAAUCAAGCACACGAUUGUUUUGGAUGACCCUUUUCCAGAUCCUGAGGGGCUCCAAGUGCCUGAUGAAUCCCCAUUACCCACCAAAGAACAGAUGGCAUCCAUGCGUAUUGCUGAUGAUGAAGAUCUAGAAGAAAUGGGCGAUCCUGAAGAAAUUGAAAAAAGAGCCCGUGAAAGAGAAGCCAAGGCGCAUGCACUGACAUUAGAAAUGAUUGGCGACUUACCUUUUGCAGAGGUAAAACCACCUGAGAACGUCUUGUUUGUAUGCAAACUGAAUCCGGUGACACGCGAUGAAGACUUGGAGAUGAUCUUUUCGAGAUUUGGACAGAUUCAUAGUUGUGAAAUUAUUCGUGAUAGGCAGACAGGUGAUUCACUUAGUUAUGCUUUUAUUGAAUAUGAAAACAAAGAAGAUGCUGAAGAGGCUUAUUUCAAGAUGCAGUCUGUCUUGAUUGAUGACCGUCGUAUUCAUGUUGAUUUCUCUCAAUCCGUCUCAAAACUACACAAAGAUUGGAUUACAAAGCGCACAGGAGGCAAUAGAGAAUCUAUGGGUGGUUUUGAUAAUCUUCAAAAGAGAACAAGAUACAGAGAAGGUGAAGACAAUAGCCGAGAUGAUUAUGAUUUAGUAUUUGAAACCAAGCGAUCAAAGACCAGAAAAGAGGAUGACAGAGACGACAAGAGAAGAAGAGAUGAUGACAGAAGAAGAGAUGACAGGAGAAAAGACGAUAGAAGACGAGAUGAUAGAAGACGAGAUGACAGAAGAAGAGACGAUAGAAGAAGGCGAUACUAA